AUGCCUGCUAUCGGAGUUAUUUAUCCUCCUCCGGAGGUGAGAAGUAUCUUUGAUAGUUGUUUUAUAUGAUAUUGAUUGUAAUUGUUAGUCUCUUCGUCUUUGUCCAUACAUCACAUUGGUCUUUGCUUUAUUCAAUUCACUGGUGCUUGCAAAUGAACCUGCAUAUUUCUUCACUUCUAACGUAGCUGUUGAUUCCUGUGUAGCAGCUGUGUGUUGAUCUAGAAUUCUACAUUGCACUUAUACGAAGUUAGGCGAUGCCAAAGGUUCAAUAGUAGGAUGGGAUAAGAGGCAAAUUCGCUAGAAAACAGGCUAAAGCGAAUCCUAGUUCUCGAUGUACUCGUAUGCAUAUAAGCGUUAUUGUGCGCUUCUUACGAGUAACGUACGUACGCAUGAGGCGCUGGUCGAGAUUGAACGUGUUCUGAAAUUGAUUCCGCUUCUCAUUACAUAAGCAGAGUCGAAACAAACUGUCUCUCCGUAGACUCCGAGAGAAAUUCCACAGAAUGUUGAAUUUACAUCCUCAGGCAAGUUGAGAGCGAUUCCUUUUCCUUGGUAGGUGGAAAAGUUUCAAUUUAUAAACAUUUUGAGUCCUUAACAAUAUAAUCAGAUAUUGUUGACAAGACUGCAAGCUUUGUUGCAAGAAAUGGUAAGUAUCCUUUGCUGGGUAUAUCCAUAGUGAUACUUCUAACCAAUUGAGAAACUAUUUAGUUUUUUUACUGGUGUUAUUAUAGGGGUGGAUGGCACAUGUGCUUACACUGUAUAAGACAUUGAGUGACUCCUGUUGUAAUGUCAUAUUCUCCAUUAUUUACAAGCAGUUACAGAGAUGAGGCUAUGUAUAUUGUGAAGUGUUAUGCAGAUCAAACAAGGGUGUUAUCCACCUUGGCUUUCAGUCUCAUGAUAACAGCCUUUGCAAUUCAGCUUAACCACACCAAAUCUAAAACAUCUUAAGCUGUUUUGUUAAACAUUAGACACGGUUUAAAAUUGUUUCCUUCAUAAAAGCUGAUUACUGACUUAAGUUAAUUGUGAACGUAGUGCAAAUUACAAAACAUGUUGAAUUUCAAUUAAAUCCUGUGUAAAAACCUAUGUUCCAGUUUACCGUGUAUAUUCAGUGAUUUUGUUACAAAUAGUUAUGGUGAGUCCUGGGACUCAAUGUAAAAAAUAGUGAGUCCAAGUCCCGAACCAAUGAGUCCCAGUUAAAAUAACAAAAAAGAGUCCGAAAUUGAAAAUGCUUGGGCCUUUAUGUAACCGGACAAUUAACCUGAAGACAGAUGCCAAAACUCUGCAUAUUUACAGUAUACAAAAAUUAAAGUAUAGUCCUUCUAUUUAAAAGCAAAACAAAGUCUACAAGAAAUAUGUACCGUUAGACAACAGCCAUAAUAACUGCCACAGCAAUUACACGAACGGGCCGGAUAUUUUUACAAUUUAUUGAUACAUACAGGUCUGUUUGUUCCGAUCAAUUGAUCGCUCGAUCAAUCUUUGUGUCCUACGGGAUGCAUGCCAUGAGUUAUUCUGUGUCUUUGGGGAUUUUUAUACGUCAAGGACGCAGGAUGCAGAGGAUCCAAAAUCACUGUAUACUUUACAUUUUUUUAACAUCUGGUGUGAUGAAAUAUGAUGUCAAAGCAGCUAGGGUGCCAUGCUUCUGGCUUCGUAUAAGUGGGAUAUUUUUUACUCUAAUCUUCAAACAAGAAAGAAUAAUAAGCGUACACAACUGUACAAAUUAAAAAGUUACUGAAGUAUCCAACACCUGUCUUCUAAACAGAUAACUUGUUUUAUGUUUUUAAUUCCUAUUAUUAGUGCUGCAGAAUUUUGAUAAAGAAUAAAGUGUUAUUUUCUUUGUACAAACUGCAUCUUGAAAAUGAUUAUUAUUAUUUUUUAGUAAUUGAAACUAUUGUAAUAAUGACAAUGUUAUUAGAACACAAUCUUGUGCUUGUGCCUUUAGGUCCAGAAUUUGAAUCAAGAAUCAGGCAAAAUGAAAUUAAUAAUCCAAAGUUUAACUUCCUAAAUCCUGGAGAUCCCUACCAUGCAUACUUCCAGCAAAAAGUNAAUGAUUAUUAU